AUGUCGACUGCAUCGAUCAAUGAUUGGCAAGAAGCAGUUUCAGCAGAUGGGAAAAAGUUUUUUUAUCAUAAGGCAACCAGAAUCAGUGUUUGGGAAAUUCCUGACGAUUUUAAACCACCAUCAAAUAACUCAACAAUUGAAAAUUCAGAUUGGAAAGAAUAUAAGACUGAAAAAGGCCAAAAAUAUUAUUAUAAUACAGUAACAGGUGUUAGACAAUGGGAUAUUCCUGCUGAGCUUCAAAAUUUACAACAAUCAAAACCAAUACCAUCAUCACCAAUAAACAAUACUCCUAAUAAUCCUAAUGGUAACAGCAACAAUAAUAGUACCUCACCAACAUCAAAUAAAGUAACUGAAAAUAUUCAACCUAAAGAAGAUCCAAUUCAAAUAUUUAAAAAUUUAUUAACUGAUAAUUCAAUUAGUUCAAUAUGUACAUUCGAAAAAGCACUAAAGCAAAUUGUAAACGACGAAAGAUAUCAAUCAUUAAAGACGAUGAGUGAAAGAAAGCAAGCAUUUUUAGAUUAUCAAAUCGAUAGAAAGAAAUUUGAACAAGAAGAAAAAAGAAAGAAGGAAAGAAAAAUUAAAGAUGAUUUUAUUCAACUAUUACGUGAUAGCAAAGAGGUAACACCGUUAAUGUCAUGGAGAAGAGCAUCACUAUAUUUUGAAGGUGAGCCACGUUGGGAAGCUGUUGAAGUCGAAAGAGAAAGAGAAACUAUAUUUCAUGAGUAUAUUAUGGAAUUAGAAAAAAAAGAGAAGGAACAAUUGUUAAUAAAUAAAAAGGACCAAAUGAAAUUACUCCGUCAAAAAUUAGAAACCGAUUCAUCAAUCACCGUUUUUACUCAAUGGCGUAAAGUUAGAGAGCAGUAUGAAAAAGAUGAUAUUUUUCAAAUUUUAGAUCAAUUCGAUUUUCUUACAGUAUUUGAAAGUUAUAUCCGUGACUUAGAAAAACGUUUAGAUGACCAAAAAAGAGUAGAAAAAGAAAAAAUCAAAAGAGAGUGUAGAAAAAAUAGAGAUAUGUUUAGAGAAUUUUUAAAUGAAAAAUAUUUAGGCGGUGAAAUUCAUGCACUCACAAAAUGGAAGAAUUUUAAAGAGAAAUAUGAAAAUGAACCAGCUUAUAUAGGUUUAAGUCAAAGAACACUUGGAUCAACACCAUUGGAAUUAUUUUCAGAUUUUAGAGAAGAGUUAGAAACGAAAUAUGAAAAUGAUUAUAAAAAAUUAAAAGAGAUUUAUAAAGAAACUGAGUUUAAAUAUACACCAGAAACAACUGUGGAAUUAUUAAAAACAGCAUUUUCUAAACAUCAAAAUUUUAAGCAAAUUUCUGAAUUUAAUUUUUUGCCAUAUCUUGAAUAUUUAAAAUAUAAAGAGGAAACUAAAGAAAAAAAUUUAGCAAAGAAAAGAGUUUCACAUUUUAAACAACUUUUAUCAGAUACAAAAACAAUUUCAAAAUCAUCGACAUGGGAUGAAGUCAAACCUACUUUGGAGACUAAAAAGGAAUUUAUCGAAUUAGAAGAGCCUGAUCGUCUUAAUAUCUUUAACUCAUAUAUCGAGUAUUUGGUAAAAAAAGCUCAAGAAGAAGAGGAAGGUAACGAAGAAGGAGAGUUAAUUUUAUCACCAAAGAAAUCAGGUGGUCAUGAUUCAUCAAAGAAAAGAAGAUCAUAUAGUGGCGAGGGUGAUGAAGACCGUUAUUACGAAAGAGAUACCCAUAGGGAAAGGGACCGUGAUAGAGAUAGAGACCGUGACAGAGAUAGAGGAAGAUCUUAUAAAAAAGAGAAAAGAUAA